UGCGCCCUCCUGCCCUGAGCUCUGCCAGGUGCCUCCUGCUCUCAGCAUGGUGCUGCCCUGGGCCCUCGCAGUCUUGAGCCUCCUGCCACUGCUAGAGGCUCAGAGCCCGGCAUGUGCCAACCUCACGGCCAAGCCCAUCACCAACGCCACCCUGGACUGGCUCUCUGGCAGGUGGUUUUACAUCGGCUCAGUUUUUCUGGACCCCGCGUUCAAGCAGAUGGUUCAGAAGGUCCAGGCCUCCGACUUCUACUUCACCCCUAACCUGACCCAGGACACGAUUCUGUUCCAGCAGUACCUGAGCAUCGAUGACCACUGCGAAUACAACUCCAGUGUCCUGUGGGUCCAUCGAGAGAAUGCCACCCUCUCCAGAUAUGACAGCGGCAAAAAGUUCAUGGCCCAGCUCCUCCUCCAGGACUUCAACAGCACCUACUUACUGGCCUUCUCGAUGGACGACGAGAACAAGCGGGGCCUGUCCUUCUACGCCAACAAGCCCGAGGCCACCCCUGAGCAGCUGGAAGGGUUCCGUGAGGCGCUGGAGUGCAAGGGCAUGGACAAGUCGGAGAUCAUGUACACCGACUGGAAGAAGGUGUCACUGACCAUCCAGAAAAUCACCGAGCCCAUGAGCUGGUGACGCGUGACCUGACAGACCCGGGAGAUCUCCAUGACCGUGACAAUAAAACCUCGAUGUCCAUCUUCCACCUGAGACCCUUCCUCCCCUGACCACCAGUAGUGGGUCCCGGGGUUUCAUGGACCCACCACCUGAGCUGCCCCUCCUGCCCCACAGCCUGGCCCUCCCCUCCCCUGGCCAGGGGACUCCACCGGGCAUCUGGCCACCCCAGCCUCAGCAGCUGCAUCAGCAAAACAGUGGUGCCCACAGGUCCCGAGCAGACCAGCUGCCGCAGCUUGGGCCCCAUUCUUGGGCCAGCAAGCUGGGGCGCAGGGGCAGGGCCAGCCCCAGGGCCUC